UGAGUCACGAGUUUUCAAUCUCUGAGAGGUCAAAGGUCUGAAACCAGCUACAUAGGGCCACAUGGGGAGGUCAAUCAUGGAGCCCAGCAAUGACUCUGCAAUGACUCUGGAGACCAACACUCCCGCAAGCUAUUCUGGUUGGUAAUAUCCUGUGUGUAACACACAGUACUGAUGCUUGCAAAGCAACACUAUCCUGACUGGAAGGUGACAAUGCAGUGCAGGUCACCGAAGAUGGGCAGGGUCUGUGAGAUGUGUGUGCACGUGGACUGUCAGAGUGGAAGGGAAGAGUGUCUAAGAGCCAAGCUAUGUGACAGAACAGUCUUAGUAAAUCUCACCUGGUAGCACUGACAUUAGGAAAGCCAAGCAGCUUAGUGUGGGGCUGAGAUGCCACAAAGAUGGUCUCUAUUUCUUUCGCUGAGUCCUGCUGAGAAUCAAUGUCAAUAUUCUUCCAGAAUAAUUUCCUUUAGGGCCAAGAGCCUUAGCCCCCAUUUCCCCUUGCCUUUGCCAUUGGAGAAGUCAGAAAAACGUACACUUUCUGAACAAAUUCUGCCUGGUGGGCAAAAGGCUCAGCCAGAGGCAUGGAGGCUCAGUUUGAGACCUGCUCACCCCCUCACUGCAUCACCCCUUUUGUGCAAUUCUCUUCCCACUCCUUCCUCCUUGGAAUCUAAAAUUUUUGUUGCAUCAUCAACACAGGCCAGCAAUCCAGGCAUGGUUAAAACUGAGAUUGUAUCUGACAAGCAAACACUCAUCCUGGUAGGAAACCUUCCUGAGAGUGGCUUGGAAACAGGAAUGCAGCCAAAGGGCAGGACUUCCAGGACACUUUAUAAACUGCAACCCCAAGAGAGUUGCACAGAAGAUCUACCUUGGCACAGCCACCCAGAGGAAGACAACAAUGGUGGAAUUGCAGAUCCCGUACUCACGGAUUGUGUCCUUGCCUGUGGGUUCUACAGUGACGAUCAGAGGCAAAGCUAACAACGCUUUCCGAAAGGAGCCACAAAUGCAAGUGGAUUUCCACACUGGCACUAGUGCGAAGUCUAACAUCGCCUUCUCCUUCCAAGUGUACUUUGGCAAAUUUGUGAUAAUGAACACUCUUCAGAAUGAAGGCUGGGGAACUCAUGAGAAAUCCUUGAGUAUGCCCUUUGAAGAAGACACACAAUUUGAGCUGCACAUCUUGGUACUGCAGAAGCACUACCAGGUUUCAGUAAAUGGCAAACAGUGUUGCAUCUUUGUCCAUCGAAUCCCAGUGAAUUCUGUGCAGAUGAUACAGGUGUGGAGAGAUGUCUCCCUGACCUCAGUGAAUAUCCAGGAGGGACCAUACACACACUCCCCAUUGUGAACGGUUUCUCUGUACAUCACCGUGGUAUACCCAAUGCCCACGAACAAUGAUUCCACAUUACCCUUUGGAUGCAAUUGGUCAUUAAAACUU